AUGUCGUCAGAUUUUGCCAGGUCGUAUAUCGAUGAUUCGCGGCGGCUGCGGCUCUCCUCGCAGCGGUUUGAGCCGGCGCGUUUCGAGUCGUUUCUCGAUUACUACGCUGAAAGCGAGUCGAAGAUGGAGCGAGAGUUUGACCAUCUGUCGGCUUACGGUGGUGCAGAUGAUGCGCCUCGGGCUUCGAUUGAGGCGGAUUUCGCAAACGGUGAGCGCUCCGGUCACGGACCUAUAUUGCUGCCUCCGCCGGAGGAAGGUUUAGCUCUACGAGAGUGGAAAAGAGAGAAUGCAAUUCGGCUGGAGGAGAAGGAGAGGAGGGAGAAGGAACUUUUGAAAGAAAUUAUUGACCAAGCAGAUGAAUACAAAGCAGAGUACUACAAGAAAUGGAAGCUUAGGUGUGAUAAUUACAGAUCUGUGAACAGGGAAAAGGAGAAGUUGUUUCUGGAAAGUACGGAUAAAUUUCACAUUGAGGCUGGUAAAAAUUACUGGAAGGCAAUUUCUGAGCUUGUACCUCAAGAAAUUUCAACUAUAGAAAAGAAGUGGAGGAAGGAUAUGGUGAAAAAGCCUUCGAUUGUGAUCAUUCAUGGCCCGAAGCCAGGGAAGCCAACUGAUCUAUCUCGGAUGCACCAAAUUCUUGUGAAACUGAAGCACAGAUCACCUGAUCACUUGCUGGCUUCUGGAAGUGAACCUGGAAAGGAUGACGAUACUUGGGACAGUACUUCUGCUGCCCCGGCUUCAUUGCCUGGUAAGCCUCUGGCUACCACAUUUGAUAGUAGUUGA